UUUGCUUUGAUUGGACCAUGUUCGCGCAGCUCAAGCGCGAGAGUCUGCGCAAGCUGCAGGCCAUGGAGGACAAGAGUCCCAAGGGCUGCAUCGAUGAGCCUAUUGUGGACAUGAUUAAGACCAUCAAUGCGCAUCCGGAUUACGUGACGAGCAGCUCGUGCUCGGGGCGCAUUGCGGUUUUCUGCGGUGAAGCUGCAACAAACAAUGGGGGCGAAGCUGGCACGGACCUGAUCACUAAAGGCGGCAAGUGGUUAGUUGCAGAACAUGCCACCAUUACGUUCGACCAAUUGGCGACUGCGUUGCGCUCGCCCGACGCCACUUCCAACACCAGCAAUAUGAUUAUCUUUAAGCAUGAACCGUUCAUCAUGCACGUGGUAUGUCGCGAUCUGGACUCGGCAAAGGAGUUGCUGCAAUGGGGUAUUGCGAGUGGAUUCCGUGAAUCAGGCGUUGUGCUUGGCAACCGAAAGAUUAUGUGUGCGAUCCGCACGACGGCCAACGGGUUAGAGAUCCCACUUGGUCGAAAUGCGGAGCAACUGCUCGUGAACAAGGAUUACCUCAGGUGGAUCGUGGAUAUCGCUAACCAGAAGUUUGAAUCCAACAAGCUGAAGACGGAUCGACUUUUUGAAGCUUUCCGCGCUAAGUUCUGCCAGCCGGCUGCGAGUUCGAUGACAGGAAACGGAUCUGUGGUUGAUCUGACCUCCUGGACGGAGGUGACAAGCGAGGACAGCGUUAAGCUCGUGGGUCAUUCCAGUGUGGAGUACGGUGGUGCCAUUGUUGUAUUCGGUGGCCAGGGGCCAACUACGUCUGGAACGACAACUCGCGUUGCCGACGUGACCUUCUUGACACCUUCGAAGGAAUAUACUCUUCAGCAGACGCACCACGCGGUGGCCGGCUCGGAUAGCCCGUCGGCUCGAAUGUAUCACUCAGCUGUUGUUGUGGGAACGCGCAUGGUUGUGUUCGGUGGCCGAGCAAGUCCAGCAAAGCCCCUGAGCGAUCUCUAUGCAAUGGAUCUUGAAUCAAAGCAGUGGGAGAAGAUCGUUUCGCAAGGAGCUGGGCCUUCUCCGCGUUGGAAGCAUUGCAGCUGUGCAGUCGGUUCUGUUGUGUACAUUUACGGUGGUCGCAGUGCUGAGCAGGUCUUUGGAGACCUAUUUGCUCUGGAUCUUAGUCAGAAUCCGCCGCAGUGGCGUCAAAUUGAGAGCUCUUCCAGUAACCCACGUCGAUUUGAUCACAUUGGUGCAGUUGUCAACUCGACAAUGCUUGCAUUUUGGGGAGGUAUGUCGUCAUUGGAGACCGGCGACUGCAGUGACGAGCAGGAUAGCGGCGCGUGCUUGCUAUUCGAUACGAUCAAGGAAACCUGGGAACACAAAAGCCUCGAAAAUACGAGAAACAAAAUGCAGCCGCCUGCGCUUUUUGCUGCCAGCGCCUGCUCAAUAAACGAUCACCAGAUUGUAGUGGUGGGUGGUAUGACGUCUGAGUUGCUUGCAAAUGGAGACAAGGCGACCAAAAAGGUGUGUUUACUGGACAUUGAGGCAUCACAAUGGACGGAGAUUGGUGAAGUGAAGCACGAGAAUGCAGCUUUUGUUGGCCACAGCACGACGUGGUUGUCGACCAGCAAUACUCUUUACGUAUUGGGCGGUGGAUUCCAGUGCUUUGGCUUUGGACAGUUUUAUUCUUCAACGUACCAGUGCCAACUUUCGAUAGUGACGCCGAAGAGAGCUCCUUCUGCUGAUGGCAAGAGUCAGUUCGUCAACACGCUUACUACGACUCUAUCAACCUCCUCAGGUGAUAAACCGCUUGGUGUUCUCGUUGAGAAGUUGCAAGUGAAGAAGAUGAAGACAUUGAUGGAAAAAGCGCACGUUUACGACAAGUCCCGCCGUGUCCACGUUGCAAACAUCAUAAAGACGAAUAAGGAUUCGAAGCCAACAACGAUGUUUUUGCUUCCUGUUGUAGCAACAAUUUAUGAGCUCAUUGCCUCAACGAACGACGCUGAACUGAAAAAGCUCGAAGUUGUAUCUGACGAUGAUGCGUACGCGAACAAGUUUGGCAAGACGAGUGGACUGAACCGCAACGAAGUGAUCCGCAGUGCCAUCGGUGCGUUUGCUAGUAAGCACCAACUCCCGCCCACGAUCGUGAAAACUAUCCCAGACAAAUUCGAGUUUGUAAGCGAUGUCUUGUUGACCCCGCGGGACUCUUUCCUCGAACCGGAGUGGGCAUCGUUUGCAGAUGAAAUGUGGGCACACGUCUGUGCGUCCACUACACCUGCGUUUUCACGUGUUGCACGGAAAGCUUUUAUUGAUGCCAGCGAGAAGCGUCAGAGUCACGUUGAGCUCCUGUACGUGAACGAAAAGGCCCUAACUUCACAACGUAGCAAGGAGGCUCCUGGUUGGGUCGAGAUUCGUGAGAAUGGCAUUAUCUACGGAUGGGACCUCACACGAGUCAUGUUCUCGUCUGGCAACGUUACCGAAAAGGCCAGAAUGGCUAAUAUCGGGUGCCACGGUGAGACGAUCGUCGACCUAUUUUGCGGUAUCGGAUACUAUGUUCUUCCUUUUCUCGUGCACGGUGGCGCUGCGUUCGUCCACGCGUGCGAGUGGAACCCAGACUCGGUGGCAGCGCUGCGUUUCAACCUAGAGCGCAACCAUGUAGCAGAUAGAUGCAAGGUUUACCUCGGCGACAACCGGGAGUCUGCCCCCACAAUAGGUGCUGUGGCUGACCGUGUUAAUUUGGGUCUUUUGCCCACUAGCGAGAAGGCUUGGCCUCUGGCUGUCCAGGUGCUUAAGCCCAGUGGCGGCUGGUUCCACGUGCAUGACAACGUGGCCGUGGAGGAUCGUGAGACGUGGGAGCAGCACGUAUUGGACUCGAUGCGGGCACUGGCCAAGCAGUAUGGCAAACACUGGACCAUCACGUGCGAGCACGUGGAAAGGGUCAAGUCGUAUGCCCCCAAAGUGUAUCACCUGGUGGCUGACAUCCACUGCGCGCCCAUUUCUGGGAUAGUUUCCACAAUUUGAAAUGAAAUGGAAUCUUUUGCGAUCCAUUCAAAGUUGGCGCCAGAUGCAACUUCAACAUACCAGAUAAUUCAAAUCUGUGAAGGCCAUAUUCGCGCCCAAAAUUGAUUUACACUUUGUAUAUUAGUCCGACUUUACUCUACUCCAAUC